GGCCCGGCGUGUCUCGCUCGCAAGCCCCCGGUCGGUCGCGCAUUCUCUGCGAUCCGAGCCGCCGCCUGCCUGCGCCGCCGCCGCCGCCGCCGCCGCCGGCCCGACUCGGACGCGUGGCCGGCUGCAGCUACUGCUGUUUGGUGGGGGAAGGGGCAGUGACAGGCCUGGUGCCAAGGCUCAGGCGGAGGCUCCUUGGGCGGGAACGUCCGUCCGCCUGCCUUACAGACGAGACAUCCCCACCAGCCAGGAUGGGCGAGUUCGGCGAGAAGACCACGACAUGUGGCACCAUCUGCCUCAAGUACCUGCUCUUCACCUUCAACUGCUGCUUCUGGCUGGCUGGUCUGGCCGUCAUGGCCGUGGGCAUCUGGACACUGGCCCUCAAGAGCGACUACAUCAGCCUGCUGGCCUCGGGCACCUAUCUGGCCACAGCCUACAUCCUGGUGGUGGCGGGCAUUGUCGUCAUGGUGACUGGGGUUCUGGGCUGCUGCGCCACCUUCAAGGAGCGGAGGGACCUGCUGCGUCUGGUCAGCAGGUACUUCAUCCUGCUCCUCAUCAUCUUUCUGCUGGAGAUCAUUGCGGGAGUCCUGGCCUAUGUCUACUAUCAGCAGCUGAACGCAGAGCUCAAGGAGAACCUGAAGGACACCAUGACCAAGCGGUACCAUCAGCUGAGCCACGAGGGCGUGACCAGCGCUGUGGACAAGCUGCAGCAGGAGUUCCACUGCUGUGGCAGCAACAACUCGCAGGACUGGCGGGACAGCGAGUGGAUCCGCUCGGGCGAGGCAGGCGGCCGCGUGGUCCCUGACAGCUGCUGCAAGACCGUGGUGGCCGGCUGCGGGCAGCGCGACCACGCCUCCAACAUCUACAAGGUGGAGGGCGGCUGCAUCACCAAGCUGGAGACCUUCAUCCAGGAGCACCUGAGGAUCAUCGGGGCCGUGGGCCUCGGCAUCGCCUGCGUGCAGGUGUUCGGCAUGAUCUUCACGUGCUGCCUGUACAAGAGCCUGAAGCUGGAGCACUACUGACCUUGCCCGCGGGCCGGCCCUCUGUGCGCGCUGCAGCUUCUCGCCGUGCGCUGACUACUGACGGCCAGGGAGCUGCGGUCCAGGACGUGGCUCCGCCCCUCGCCUGCCAGGGUCUCCCCCUGGUGUUCUCGUGGCUGGGCCCCCCACCCGCACCGUGCCAUCACCGUGACCUCUGGGGACCCCCAAACCCCGGAGGCAGCUUCAAGUGCCUUUAGCUGCACACCAAAGUCCCAAGGCCUGGGGUCGGCCCCGCCUGUCUGCCUGUCUGCUGGGCUGGGUGGGUGCGGGCCGGGGUCGUGGCCUCGGGUUGCUCCCUGAGGCCUGGGUUCGGUCAGAGGGGCCGAGUUGGGCAGAAAUGGGCUGGCCCAGCGGGGAGCCCCGUGUGCCUGCCCCCAGGCCCCUCAGGUACUGGGGGCUUCUCCUUAAGCAAGCCACCUCCAGCCCCUGGGGAAAACCAAGCACGAGUUCUCCCGGGCCGAGCCUCUGCCGCGCCCCCUGCUGUGUGCCCGCUGCUCUCACCACCACCUAAAGGCCUUGUAUCGCUAGUUCACUGUUGUCUCCUCUUCUCUGGAGGCAGGCGUCUUGCGGGUUUUAUUCACUGCCUGACGAUGCCUAGGACUGUUCCUGCUGUGGGGUAGGUGCCCAAUAAACAUCUGUGGAACAGAUGGCUGAACUUA